AAGAUGCAAAACGCUUUGAAAUUGUUUACUGUAUUAUCGCUUCUUGAUACUGUAAGAACAAUAUCAUCUUCAUCUUUUUCUCCAAUCGUUGUAGAGGCAAAAUAUGAACAUUCUUAUAAUGAAACUAUAAAUUCUACGGUUGAAUAUGUGUUUUUGUAUCCUGCUAGUAAUGUAAGUCUGGAAACUGCUAGGAUUACAAUAGAAAGCAAUGCGACUCAUAGUUUGCCAUUGAUAAUAGUAGUACGUCAAACAACAGGUAUUCUGUCCUGGCAAAUACCUUUACUUGUCAACAGCGCGGAUUUAGAUACUGUGAUAUAUAAUAAAACUAGUCGUACUCUGUGCUCCACAAAGUAUUAUCGAUACGCACAAAAUAAUGAUGAACAUGUUAUUGUUGGUAUUUCCACAGCCAGUCAUGAGAAUAUCACUUUCUCUAUUAGUGUGGUGGAAGUUAUGGACUUUUAUUUAAGGCAUGUAUUUGUAUUAUCAUAUAAAUCGUAUAAAUACAAUUCCAGAAAAAAAGUAGAAGUACAAAUUUCUCCAUCUGAACCUAUAUAUUAUGGCUACAUCUUCUCAAAGGAGGAAAAUUCCUCAGUCAUUGUUCGUGUGGAAUCAGAUAAUGAUAUCUGUAUGACUGUUUCUGUACAGAAUACAUCUUGUCCUGUAUUUGAUUUGGAACGAAAUAUUGAAUUUUCUGGACACUGGCAGACUGUAAGUAGAAGAGGAGGUAUUACAGUACCGAGAGAAGCUUAUCCGUUAGGAUUCUUCGUUGUACUUGUUGUCAAAGGAGAAGACACUGACUGUAAUGGAUUGUCUAAUAGUAAUCCUCUUCGUACUAAAAAUGUUACAUUAAUUGUAAAUCCAACUAUUACCAAACGGGAUUAUGUUGUCGCAUCGGUGUCAGCAGCAACAAUUGUAUUAGGUUUUUGUAUCAUUUAUAUAACGGCUGUAAUAGUGUUCAGUAUCAGAGAAAAUAAGAAACUUGCAACACAAGACUCGAUAAAUGAAAAUCAAGAUUUUAAUGAACAUAUACCGAGUCCGUCAAUGGUAGAAGAGAAUAGUCCAAAACAAUUGAAUUCUACGGAAGAAGAUUCAUCCCUAGAUGAGGAUGAUAUAGAUCUAAUGGAGGAUGCUCUCUCUGAUAAGGAUGUGAUACGAACAAAGGUCAUUCUCUCGGUCUGUGAUCUCGCUCGCAAAGAACCAAGAAUAUUGCGACAUAAAUCUCGUUUAUAUUUAUAUUACUUGACAACUGUCGCGAUAUUCUAUACACUGCCGGUCGUACAAUUGGCGGUGACAUAUCAGCGUGUCCUUCAUACAACUGGAAAUCAAGACAUGUGCUAUUACAAUUUCCUAUGCGCUCAUCCACUGGGUUUGCUGUCCGACUUCAAUCACCUAUUCUCAAAUUUUGGAUACGUUAUGCUGGGUUUACUAUUUAUAUUUUUAACUUAUUCUCGGGAACACAAUGAACUAGAUAAAGAAAAAAUUAAAUGCUACGGCAUACCACAACAUUAUGGUUUAUUCUAUGCAAUGGGCACUGCAUUAAUAAUGGAAGGUAUAUUGUCGGCCAGUUACCACGUAUGCCCUAGCCGUAGCAAUUUUCAAUUUGACACCAGUUUCAUGUACGUAAUCGCGGUUCUCUGUAUGAUCAAGAUUUAUCAAAAUCGUCAUCCUGAUAUAAAUGCUAGAGCACCGGUAACAUUUGGAAUGUUAGCUGUUAUAAUAUUCGCAGGAUUGAUUGGAGUUCUAAAUGGUUCCAAAAUCUUUUUGAUAAUAUUUUCCAUCCUGCAUUUACUAAUAUGUUUCUUUCUGACUGUACAAAUAUAUUAUAUGGGUCGAUGCAAAUUUGACAGAGGCGCUUUUAAAAGAAUGGUGCAGAGAUUCAAACAUGAGGCGCGCUGCGGCAUAUGGCACUUACUCCGACCGCUUUAUCCCGCAAGAUUUAUAAUGCUUGUACUGGCAAAUUUAUGUAACGUUGGACUUGCGGUAUUUGGUAAUAUGUAUCAGCAAGGCAAUUUCGCUACAUUUUUACUAGCUAUACUGAUGUCCAAUUUAAUUUUAUACACAUUCUUUUACAUAAUGAUGAAGCUUUGCCACAGGGAAAAGAUUCUACCUACACCCGCAAUUUACAUUUUCUUAUCCAUGCUGUUUUGGGGAGCAGCCUUGUACUUCUUCGUGAAUAAAACUAUUUCUUGGGCACUUACACCAGCUCAAUCCCGCUUAUAUAAUAAACCUUGCGCAUUAUUGAACUUUUUUGAUUCUCAUGACAUCUGGCAUUUUCUUUCGGCAUUAGCUAUGUUCUUUUCUUUUAUGGUAUUACUUACUUUAGAUGAUGAUUUAACGGAUGUACAUCGGAGUCAAAUACCAGUUUUUUGA